AUGGCCAUUGCAAGCUUGGUGGCCUCUUUGCAGGCUCGAGUCCUCGAAUCGCCCCUCCAGGCGCUGGGCAUCACCGCACUCCUUGUGCCCUUUUUCUAUGUCAUUCUGAAUGAAUUUAUUCGUUCUUCAGCCCGCGUUCCCGGGUUGAAAGGUCCCACUGGUCUCCCCUUGAUCGGAAACCUGGCCCAGAUUCGAGUCAACGCCGCGGAGCAAUAUCGUGUUUGGUCCAGGAAAUUCGGUGCGGUCUACCAGAUUCAGCUGGGCAAUAUUCCCGUCGUCGUGGUCAACUCGGCUGCUGCGGCCAAGGUGCUGUUUGGCCAGAAUGCGCAGGCGCUGAGCUCGCGACCUGAGUUUUAUACCUUCCAUAAAAUCGUCUCCAACACCGCAGGCACCACCAUCGGAACCUCGCCGUAUAGCGACUCGCUGAAGCGCCGCCGUAAGGGUGCCGCCUCUGCGCUCAACCGUCCGUCAGUAGAAACCUAUGUGUCGCACUUAGAUGUCGAAUCGAAGGCAUUUGUGGAAGAGUUGUACCGGUACGGCAAUGGUGGCAAGACACCAGUUGAUCCCAUGCCAAUGAUCCAGCGACUUAGCCUAAGUCUAGCCUUGACCCUGAACUGGGGUGUUCGUGUGGCGUCGCAAGAGGAGGACCUUUUCGAUGAGAUCACCCAUGUCGAGGAAGAAAUUAGCAGGUUCCGCAGUACGACCGGCAACCUACAAGAUUACAUCCCACUCCUCCGGCUGAACCCGUUCAGCUCCAACUCAAAGAAGGCUGCUGAGAUGCGACUUCGUCGCGACAAGUACUUAGGCUCUCUGAACAAGGACCUCGAUGAUCGUAUGGAAAAGGGCACCCAUUCGCCCUGCAUCCAGGCCAAUGUCAUCUUGGACAAGGAGGCGAAGCUCAACUCGGAGGAGCUCACCUCCAUUAGCUUGACCAUGCUUUCUGGUGGUCUGGAUACGGUCACCACUCUGGUCGCUUGGAGUAUUGGUCUGCUCUCCACACGCCUCGAUAUCCAGGACAAGGCUUCCAAGGCCAUUGAGGAAUUCUAUGGAAAAGGCGAGCCCAUGUGCUCGGCCGACGACGAUCAAAAGUGUGCCUACGUCGCAGCUCUGGUCAAGGAAUGCCUUCGAUACUUCACCGUUCUUAGGUUGGCCUUGCCCCGAACGUCGAUACGGGAUAUCAACUACCAAGGUGUCGUGAUUCCGAAGGGUACCGUCUUUUUCCUGAACGCCUGGGCCUGCAACAUGGAUCCCGACGUGUGGACCGAUCCGGACGAGUUCCGCCCGGAGCGGUGGUUCGAGCAGCCGGACGCGCCACUCUUCACGUAUGGGAUGGGCUACCGGAUGUGUGCUGGUUCCUUGCUGGCCAACCGUGAGCUGUACCUUGUCUUCAUGCGGACUCUCAACAGCUUCCGCAUUGAACCCCACGACAAUAAUGACUGGCACCCCGUGCGUGGUAACUCGGAUCCGACCAGUUUGGUCGCCAUCCCGCAGAAGUACAAAGCCCGGUUCGUGCCCAAGGAUUCCAUUGCGUUGGGCAAAGCCCUUGCGACAUCGUGA